ACGAUGUGGCGCCAAUUGACAACAACUUGAUCAUCAGCCGCAGCUGUGGCAGCCGCUGUGGCAGCCAAUCAUAGCAACAUCAAUUCCUGCAACAACAUCACUGGCAUCAGCAACGUCGGCGGCAGCGGCGGCGGCGGCAACACUGGAGCUUUGGGAGGAGGUGGACUGAUGGCGGGCACUGUUGCUGCCCAUCACAGUCAUGAGCAUGGCAAUCUGGCAGCAAUGUACGGCAGCAGCAGCAACAGCAACAGCGGCAACAACAACAGCAGCAACUCAAACAGCAUUUGCAAUCAGCAAAUCAGCAACAGCUACAACAACAUCGGCAGCAACAACUGCAACAUCAACAGCAACCACAUGAACAACAGCAAUUUCUUUGGCGCCGCCUGCAGCAAUAGCAGCAGCAGCGAUUAUAUAUCCAAUGCAGCAGCAGCAUAUGUGACACCAACAACAGCAACAUUGCCGGCAACAACAGCAUUGCCGGCCACAACAACAAUGCUGUCUAAUUACUGCGAUGCUGCAACUAUGAUGAUGGCCGCUGCCGCUGUCAAUGCAAAUCAGUGCCUGCAACAACACCACCAGCGUCUGCUGCUGGCCAGCAAUAGCAACAGCAACGGCAGCAGCAGCAACAACAGCAGCAGCCUUAACAGCAACGAGCAUCUGACAACAGCCACUGGCACAGUGGCGGCGGCGGCGACAGCAGCAGCCCCCUCAUCCUCAAACUCUUCGAACGGUUCGCUGUCAUCGGCAUCGUCGACACCGACAGCAACAGUCGUUGCCGCAACGCAUCAGCAGCAGCAGCAACAGCAACAACAACAGUCGCUGCCAUCGCCGCCAAAUUUAAUCGAUAUCAGCGAAGUUCCUCUCAUUGUGGAUGUCAAGUAGUGUAAUUAUUUAUGCAUAUUGAAACCCAAAACAAAAAAACACACAAAACAAAAAAAUGUAAAAAAUACAAAAAAAAAGAGCAUUGAGUAGCUUAAUUGUUUAAAACCCCACUUUAGUUGUUGUAACUUGUAAAUAAAAUUCAAUUUCUACUUUCUCCAGACUAAACUCUGCUGCUGGCCCUAACAAUCUUGUGCAUUGUUGUUAUUGUAGCAGCAGCAACAACAGGAUUGUCGAUAGGGGCAGCAGUUGUUGCUGAAGCGUGAAACGUUUCGGAUUUGUCUAACUUUGUCUAUGUCUGUAAAAUAUUUAAAGGCACUGAGUUCUACUUAAUUUUUAAAAAAAUCAAAACACUUGAGAAACAGC